AUGUCAAUGGAAGUUGUGCCGCUCCAGCCCCCAAAAUGUAGACACUCGUCGCUGAGCGUGACGUCCUCAGCUCACGCCGCUGAAGUACGCUAUCGCAGGCCUACAGCAAGCCAGCGAGCCGCCGCAGCCACUCUAAAUGGCUGGAGGAAGAAAGGCACAAAGCUGUCCGAUUACUCCUCGACAUAUCCGGCUCCGUUGGUGCUGCCGGACGAUGAUCUAGCAGUGGAUCCUGAGUACCCUCCCCAAAGCGUACGCCAGUGGCUGGAAGAGGAGGAUCGUAACGAGGUUACGCCUAAGAAGAACGUCGUCUAUGUAGCCGUGCCGCCAGAAACGGAGAAGGACAAUGACUUUAUCAGAAUAUGGACGCAGCCGCAGCUGGAGGGUACUGAGCAAGCUAUCAAUAUGCCAUCUGUCCAGGAUCUUGUGGAUUAUCUAACUGCAUUCUACCACGGCAUAACCGUCAGGCUGCUGCCACCUCCCCGGCUCCGGUUCCAGAGCUGGAACGAUGGUACUGGGAGGACGUCGAAACGAACUGCAAAGGCGAAGUCCGCAGCACCACGUCAGAUUGGCCUCGACACCGCAAAGGGGCGUUUUCCAAUCCGCACGCGGGCUUCCAAAGACCGACUGUACGAGCGGCAAUUUAAUCUGGAUGAUCUUCUUGACGCAGCUAUCGGCAUCCUUCCGGAUGACGCAUAUGCGCUUUUGCUGGUCGUGGAUCAUGACCUUUACGAGGACGAGGACGAUGUGUUCGUAUGCGGCCGUGCAUACGGAGGCAGCCGUGUGGCAGUUGUCUCGACGGCUAGGUACAACCCGCUGCUGGACGGCGUCCAGGGAGUCGAGCGAGAACAUGCGUGGCCGGCGUCACACUGCGAAGCUUACUUCCAGGACUGCUGCGAUGCAGCAGAGCCUCAGCAAUCUGCCAAAAAGAAAGUAAAAGCAAGGGAAGCUGAACCAGAUCGACUUGAGGAAGGCGCAGAAACACCCCUACGGGCCGCCGUCACCGCAUAUACCGCUCUACCCUCACUCUCUUCCCGUCCUUCGGUCGCCGCACUCUCCAGCCUCUGGCUCAAUCGCGUCUGUCGUACAGGCAGCCACGAGCUUGCCCACUGCUUGGGGAUAGAUCACUGCGUUUACUAUGCCUGCAUCAUGCAGGGUAGCUCGUCUAUCAGAGAAGACGCUCGGCAGCCGCCGUAUCUCUGCCCGAUCGACAUGGCGAAGUUGGUCAGGGCGACUGGGACGGAUGAGUGGGAACGGUAUCGGGCUCUGCUGGGGGUCUGCGAGAAGCGUUGCGAGACCCAUGGAUUUGCCGCUUUUGGCGCGUGGAUCACCGCGAGGCUUGCCGUGGCAGGAGGUACAAAUUCGGUUUGA